AUGGGGGAAGAAUAUGAUUGUAUACGGUAUUACUGUACUGCUGGCAGUGGCAUGGAGCCCUUUCUCGUGGAGGAAGUAAAGAGCAAACUCUCUGCAACAGAUGUUGACCACAUCUCUGGGAGAGUGUUCUUUAGCACUUGUGCACCUUUAGAGCACGUCACGAAACUGAAAUCAGCAGAGAGGCUGUUCUUGCUUAUCAGGAGAGACCCACCCAUUUCCCUCCCAAAAUUUGCAGCUAGAACAAUUAGUAAAAUUCAGAGAAGCAUCAUUGGUGAUCUAAACAGUUGGAUUCACACCCUGUCCAUUUGGAGCCGCUUGGUGGAGGAGCUAAAACCUGUGAGUGGACGGGGUCAGAAAAGGAAGAGAGAGGAAGAGGAUGAAACAAGAGUAAAUGACAAAAGUUUAAGAAACGAAGAAACAUUAUUAGGACAAACCUCACCUACUUUCAGAGUGAACUGUCGCUGCAGUGGAGCUGUCAUGUGCUCUUUUACCUCCCAGGACUUUAGUCGGAUAAUUGGGACAGCCAUCAGACGACAACUGGGAUGGAAAGUAGACCUUAGAGAGCCUGAUCUGGAAGUGAAUGUAUCAAUAAAUGAUGACCAUUGUAUACUGGGGAUCCCUCUUUUGAAGUGUUCCUUAGCCAGUCGUAGUUAUAUCAAGCACAGCGGUCUUAGGUCUACUGUCGCCUGGACCAUGGCUUCUCUCUGCUCAAUACAGGAAGGCUGUGUUAUUUUAGACCCCAUGUGUGGAGUUGGCACAGUUCUUCUGGAGGCCGCCCAGGAGUGUUCCAGUACAUUGUUUAUUGGCAUGGACUGUUCAGCAGCUCAGUUACUGAAAGCUGCAGAGAACGUGGAGACAGCUGGCCUUGGUGGGAGAGUGGAACUACUGCAGUCUUCGGCUAUGGAGAUUCCACUGCCAUCUAACUCUGUGGAUGGUGUAAUCUGUGAUGUCCCUUUUGGCAGAAAGUUUAGCUGUGGAACAAAUGUGACUGUUGCAUUGCCAAAGCUCAUCAGAGAAAUGGAGAGAGUUCUUUCUGUCAAUGGAUCCUUGGUUCUUCUUUUGAGUCUCCAGCUUUCAGCCCUGCUUAAGAAAUUGCUCAGUCCAGACAGAUGCUUGUUAGCCACAGACCCACUCACCAACAAAAACACCAGUAACAUAGAUAGUUCAGACACACACACCAACACAUGUAGGCCAGACACAGAUACACACAGCAACAAACACAGCUCAGAAGGAGACAUACAGUUGUCUCCCUGCACACUACAACUACAGAGUAUAUACAGAGUCAGUUUAGGAAACACAGAUGGUCUCAUACACAAAUACUUAAAGACAAUGUAUGGACACACUGCAACUAAAGCACACACUCAUAAAGAUAUAGAUAUCCAGAAGUAG